GACUGAGCGCCUGCUUCCGGGACGGCGCGGGCCGCCGUGUUUCCGGCGGCGGCGCGGGGCGGGGCGCGAGCCCGGAAGUCCGCCGAUGGCUGUGGGUCGCGUCUGGGUGGCUGCCUGCGCCUGCCGGCGAGUUUUAAGAAGAGCAUUUUCAUUGCAUAAACCACAUUCAAUAACGGAUAUGGAAAAUACUUUACAGCUGGUGAGGAAUAUCAUCCCUCCUCUAACCACCAAGAAGCACAAAGGUCAGGACGGAAGAAUAGGUAUAGUCGGAGGCUGCCAGGAGUACACGGGAGCCCCCUACUUCGCAGCAAUUUCCGCUCUCAAAGUGGGUGCAGAUCUAUCGCACGUGUUCUGCACGCGGGAGGCUGCACCCGUGAUCAAGUCAUACAGCCCGGAGCUGAUCGUUCACCCCGUUCUCGACAGCCCCAGUGCCGUGCGGGACGUGGAGACAUGGUUGCCCCGACUGCACGCCCUGGUGGUAGGACCCGGCCUGGGCAGAGACAACGUUCUUCUCGAAAACGUUAAGGGCAUCUUAGAAGCAUCCAAGGCCAGGGAUGUCCCCAUCAUCAUCGAUGCGGACGGGCUGUGGCUCAUUGCUCAGCACCCGGCCCUCAUCCACGGCUACCGGAAGGCCGUUCUCACUCCCAACCACGGGGAAUUCACCAGACUCUCUGACGCCGUGCUUAGGGACCUUGUGGACGGCAGUGAUCAUCGUGAAGCCGUACGGAGACUCAGCCAGGCCCUGGGGAACGUGACCGUGGUCCGGAAAGGGGAGCGGGACGUGAUGUCUGACGGUGAACACGUGCUCGAGUGUGCCCACGAAGGCAGCAGCCGCAGGUGUGGCGGCCAGGGAGACCUGCUGUCGGGCGCCCUGGGUGUCCUGGUGCACUGGGCGCUACACGCCGGCCCCGAGAAGACAAACGGGUCCAGCCCUCUGCUCCUGGCCGCCCUGGGCGCAUGCUCUCUCACACGCCAGUGCGGCCACCAGGCUUUCCAGAAGCACGGCCGCUCCACCACCACCACCGACAUGAUCGCGGAGGUCGGGCCCGCGUUCCGCAGACUCUUUGAAACCUGAGCCGAGGCAACGGGAAGCAGGCCGUGCCACGGAUGGGGACGCUGCAUUUGUCACGGGUCCCCGUCCUUGGGGUACAAGAGCAGCAUGAUCCACAGGUUGGUUUUGGCCUUAACACGUAGCUAUAGGUGUUAAAGGGACUUGAACAGGAUUUCUGAACUUUCCUGGCUGUUCAGCAGUGAUGGAGAGAAAGACGUCCACGGUCCCGGCCGCUGAGCUGGCGCUGUGGACUCGGCCUGCUUCCUGUUUCUGUGAGGAGCUCCCCGUGCUACAUGCCCCCCCACGGGGAUCCCCUGGGUCCUGUCCAAAUACCUGCACGAUGAUGAGCUGUGCUUUUUAAAAUUGAGGCCCCCCGGGUGGCAGCGUGGCCUUCGUUUUCUCGUUCACGUUUGCUUUUUAAACACUGAGUACAUUGAAACCCGGCAGAAAUAAGCAUUGGUGGCUUGGGCUAAUGGGAGCAUUUCAGAACAAUCAGUGAUUGGUUUUUGGAGGAAACGACACUGAGCCUUGAGCGUGUGGGUGGGGCUCCAACGUGGCCCAUCGGGGCAAGGGGACUGAACACGGUCAGACAGCAGGGCCCUGCUGGUUGGAGGUGGUGUGUCCUCAGGAGCAGAUUCUGGUCAAGAAGUUGAGGUCUGUGUGAUGCCUGGGCAGUCGCUCGUGACCCAUGUGGUUCCUUCAAACGUCAUUUUGCCCUGAUGGUUAGGGUGAUACUGUGACCCCUGACCUCAAAUGGAUCCUUCCUUUAAAGCCACAUUUCUUAAAAACCUGUCUCUCCCUCCCCACCCCCCUUGUUUCAGGUGUAACUUUAAAAACUUCACUGUUUUUCAUUUUGGGGAAUUAUAUCUAAAUUCUGGUGACUAUUAAAAGGCAAAUCUGGUUUAUUUCAACGCA